AUGGCUCCUCCACCGCGCCUGCGCGUUUUGUCAGUUGGCAGCAACGCAAUCUCAGCUUUUCUAUCCUGGAGGCUCCAGGCGUCAACCUCCUGCGACGUAACACUAGUGUGGAAAUCGGGGUUUGAAGCCGUUUCGCAAUACGGAGUGUCUUUCAAGUCGAAAGCAUUCGGCAAUGAGAGAUUCAAGCCUCGUCACGUGGUGCGUUCACCGGAAGAGGCGGCAUCACGGGAAAACGCAUACGACUAUGUAAUUCUCUGUGUAAAGGCCUUGCCCGAUGUCUACGACCUGGCGGCAAUCAUCGAAUCCGUUGUUACCCCUCAACAUACCUGCAUUUUGCUCAAUACCACCAACACCCUUGGCGUCGAAUCACACCUGGAACAGCGUUUCCCCACGAAUGUUGUCCUCUCCCUUGUUUCCGGCGUCGAGAUCUCCCAGAUCGGACCUAGCGAGUUUGAGCACUUGAACUCGUCGAAUAUCUGGGUCGGUGCCACCAACAAAAAUUCGAGCCUUCCUUCAUCCAUGCAAACCGACAUGGCGGCCGCGUUGGCGAUGACCUUGAGCUCCGGUCAAGUGGACUGCAAAGUGUCGAACAAUAUCCGACAAGAGCAAUUUGAGCGUAUCAUAGGGCCUAUUGCGUUUUACCCAACAAGCGUUAUGUUUGACUGCGGAAACGUCGCAGAACUUCUGCAGAAGGUCGGAGUGCGUCAAUUAGUAACGGAUGUGAUUGAUGAGCUCAUCGGACUGGCCAAAGCACACGGAUGCUCAUUCCCAAGCGACUUUGCUCAAAAGACAAUGGAGGCAAUGGCCGCGCCUCAGUCUCCCAACCCCAUGUACCAGGAUUUCCAAGCUCGGCGUCCGAUGGAGAUCGAGACAUAUCUCGGAUCACCAAUUAAGCUAGCAACAGAACUCAACAUUCGUCUUCCGCGCAUCGAAACGAUCUAUGCUAUAUUGCACCACGUUAAUACCACUAAUCUAAGCAAACCUCGUGAAUCGCCAACUCCGUCUAUCCAAGCCCCGCCUCCACAUCCCACCCGGAUGUCCUCGGCUCCUCCACCAAGAAACGGCCCUCCCAUGCGCCCGCCUCCCGGCAGGUCAAGCUCUGCAAUGAUGAUGCCACCCCCUAGACGCGGACCCCCGAUGCCCGGCAUGUCACGACCUCCCAGCACACAACCCCCGCCAGCUUCUGCCAGGAUGCCUCGUGAGCCGUCUCUGGAGGGUCUGGAGGAGUUCAGCCACCUGGUUGUCUAUGAUGACGCUGGCGAAGCGGGGCCCCCCCCUCCCAGAAACCCCAACGGUUAUCCGGAUGGUCCUCCCGGCCCCGGUCACUCACAGUCGACUGCUGACCUGGCCCUGAGAGAACGAGAAUUGGCAUUGCGGCAGCGCGAGUUGCAGCUUCGGGAACAGGAAAUGAGCAUGAGGCGGGGUCCGCCCCGCAGGGCUGCUCCCUCUCGGGCCACUUUCGACGAGGAAGAUGAGGAUGACUAUUUCGAUCCCAUGGAUACUAGUCUGGUCCCGAACAUCGACCCAGAUAAUGUGGACAUGCUGAGUAUCACAUCUCGAAGAGCUAAGAAGUUCCCGAGCGCAAGCCAAAUACGCAAGAACCCCGAGCUUCUGUCCAACGGCGGCGGUCGGUCCUCGACGUUCAGCCGCUACUUCGGAGGAGGCAGGAAGCGUGCCAGUGACCGUAUCAUGCAGGAAAUUCCGGGCCUCCAUGACUCGCUCUUGGAUAAUCCCAUGAUGGCUUACUCGUCGAACCGCUAUGGCGCUGUUGAUCGAAACCAGAUGGCUGCAGGAUCUCGUACCAACUCCAUGACUACGAGCCGAAUGGGCGACUAUCCUCCGCACCCUUACCCGCAAAGCCGGAGAAAUAGCCAUUCGCCCGCGACUCCUUAUGGUGGCCCGCCUGGUCCUCGCAUGGGCCGUCCGGCCACUGCUCAGGAUCAACACUUCGGCCCUCCUCACGGGCCCCCCAACGGCGGUCACCCGUCUCCUCCGGGACACAUGCGGGCACCUGUUCCCAGGUAUCCCCCAGGACAUGGUAAUGCGGUAGGCCCGCAACAAGUUGAGCAACAUAUUGGGGUGAGCAAUUCGUAUCCCACUAAGGGCACUCCAAAGGAAAGAAGUCUGACCGGAAGUGCGAGCGCCAGCGCGGGGAGUGGUGAUAGCGGCGCUAGUGCGAACCUCGAUUCCGAGAAUUCAGCCCACAGCAGCCAGAUCAGCCUCGGCGCGCAGCAAGCAGCCGCGCCUGUUCGUUGA